CUCUUCCGCUUGAUGCCUGAUGUUGCUUGCAAGUGCAUUUCUUUGCAGAAAGGAAAAGGAAUGCGAAUUUCGGUUGUAAUAGCCCGCUUAGGAAGUCGGAGGAAAAAAGACGAAUUGUGCUUGUCUGUCUGUGUUGCCCCUCUACUUGUUCGGUUGUACUUUUGUAGUGUCUGUGCAUGCAAUUAUAAACUCAAACAUCUUUGUUCCCAUGGCUUUUUUGAUUCGCGGUCGUGAUGUUUUAUUUUAGGGUGAACCAAAAGAAACACCCUUGGAACAAAGUUUAUACGGAUUCCUUGUACAAAGAGAAAACUCAUCUUCCCAAAGUUGUUUGUUACAGCAUUUCUGCCCACAAGGUCGUUCUCACCAGGAGUCCAAGAUGCGGCAAUUGCUUUCCGUCCGUCUUGCCCAGCGGCCAUUCUCCUGGGGUCGGAAAGUUAAAACCAAAGGCGUGCGCAUUUUCAAGGCCUCUACCUCGGAUCAUCCGAUACCCCAUGCAGAAGGUGGAGUUGCGCCCUUCGCAAUCGCCCCGUCGACGUCCACUGGUAAAAGGUCGGGCACUAGCAAAGAUACAAAAAAGCUUGUAGAAGGUACGGCACACGAUGUGGCUCUCCCGAGCACAACUGCAACUGGAGAUGAAGACGCGACCAGCCUGGCGCCGACGCAGCAGGAUGGGCGCAGGGCAAGUUGUAAAAUCGGUGCUAGGACUGGGGACAUCACUAUCACAGAGGCGGCUCCUGGAAUGAUGAAAAUAAUCAAACCUACAGCAAAACGACCUCCCACCUCCGCGGCCUCAAACGCUCAGAUCCGGGAAGUUUCCCGCAUGUCGCCGACCCAGGUGAGGAAUGUGUUACUGGCUGCCGCGUCGAACGAAUGUGUGGACGCCCGACUGUGGAAUGCCGCUCUGAGCAGGCUCUCCUCCAUGGAUAACAUUUUGUACUUUGACGCAAUCGGAAUUCUCAAGGCCUACACGGUUUUCUUGCAGCUGCUGCAGGAGCAUGAUCAAGCGCGGGAGGGUAGUUCUGGCGCUGUGUCGUCAACGACGAGGAGCUGCACCUCAGCAGCAGGAGCAGUAGGAGCAUCAUCGUCAACAACAACUUCGGGACGAGAUUUUCUUGAUACAGCAGCAGAUGAUCACCAACAAGAUCUUCAGUGUCUUCCAAAAAUCCAACCAGCGGAGCACGAUCUGUUUCAGAAGCUUUUCGACGACAUUUGCUCCCAAGCGAGCCGGUUGGCCGUCCCGCACAUCUUGCAGACGUUGGAAGUCUGCGAGCGGCUCGAGCUGCGGCCGCGGGUUUUGUACGUGGAACUGUUUCACCACUUGAUUCGCCUGAUGCCGGCCAUGUAUGCGGAGGAGCUGGUGCAAGCGGUGCAGGUGUUGGCGAGGCUGAAUCUCCAGAACGAUCAGCUCCAGUCGGAAAUCAUGACGUACGUACUUCACCACGAGCGGGAGUUUCGGUUUUUGCACCUCUGCAGUUUGCAAUGCUGCUUGACGAUUUUGAAUCGCACAACUACCACCAGUGCGUCGCGGAUGAGUUGGGGACAAAACGUUGCAAGAACUUCCACACCUCCGGCGUCGACGCAACAAUCGGAAGACGACCGUUCAGCACAGCCGGCCAGAAGUGGUACUUCGAGUUCUAGAGCAGGAGCCGAAAAGAUGUUCCUACAAUCUUCCAAAGUUCCGGAAAUUUUGGAAAAACGGGCUCUCUACGAGGCUUCCUGUCUCACUUUGGAAGAGAUCUACGAGUGUCUCUGUAAGUUUCCGGAGAUGGCGUUCAGCUCGAAGAAGUUUGAAGAGUUACUCUGGACGGAAUUCGAAGCCCGUUUAGGCACCGAAGUCCGCGAUACGGAGGACGUGGACUGUUUCGCCCACCCCAUGGCGGUGCUGCGUAUGUUGUAUGCACAAGGCAGAGGAGGGCUACUUUAUACGGCAGCUGACAGGACGAGUUCUUACACGAUGAACCCAAACGACAAAAACGAUGAGAAAACCACGACCUGUAGUCACGUUCUCAGAGCCUUCAGUAUCCCACAGAAAAAAGCUGGCAGAUCACAUUUGUAAUGCAAAAAUAAAUACACAAAAAAAUCAAAAUCUGCAUUGCGUAUCCUAAACAGCAUGCUAUGAGGCCGCCCGUGACAGAUUUUUCUGUGUAUUUAUUUCUGCAUUGCCCCGUUGCUCUGUGUAUUUGCCCCGUUGCUCGCUCUUGGUGGGAGGUGGUUGAGCUUGCUUCGGGAUGAGUAGCCGGAGUUGAAUUGGCUCAUUGCCUUUUCAUUUGUGAAUUCGAGGGCAGUGGUUGGCAGAGGUUGUGCGGGAUAUUCAGUUUUUGUUAUCCCGGGACAUUUGUGCUCCUUACCCACUUCCUCAUUUCCUGGUUGACCAGUUGGUAUGGUCGACUAUAGGUGCCACCCUCGUUUCUCACCUCCAGGGGCCCUGGGCUCACCUCACCAGUGAUGUUUCACUUGGUGGAAGUUGACAGGGUUCUACGAGCUAUUUUGGGUGUCUAUUGUCUAUUUAUUUCUGCAUUACAAACAUGCCCUGCCAGCUUUUUUCUGUGGGAUAUUCAGCCAGUGGGCACACGACGCCUCGUACCGGCCGGACAUAUCAAGUGCAAAAAUGUCUGGGUCUGGAAGGAUGUAACUUGUGAUGCGCAUUUCAGAACACACAAAAAUCUCUGAUGCAUAGGCAGCAAAAGCUGCUCGCUUUCUGUCCCCAAAAUGGGGGACUUGUCAUGCGGAUUCGGUAUUUCGAAAGCUUCUCGAAACCUGUGAUGCUAGAGCUUCCAUGCAAGACCUUCUGUGUCAUGCAGAAACAGCAUGACUCUUCCAGACCCAGACAUUUUUACAUUUGAUAGGACACCUUGUCAAACAAAAACAGACGACCAACCAGUCGGGAUCUUAUUUUUUUGCAAAGGAUCGCGCAGGAAGCCGAGGCACAGCUUGUCGUGACGGCGCGAACGACAUGUGUGUCUCUGCAUCUUCAUGCUGAAGAAGAUCAUGAUCAUCAGCAGGCGCGGCAUCAAGUGGGUACACCUACACGUACACCUCAGGCUGCGGAGCAAAUGAAAAUAAAUUCAACACAGCAGUCCACACCGGACCCGCUGACGGCGAAACCAAUGCAGACCAUGGGCAGAACCCCGAACCCCGCAAAGAAAUUCGUGAACAAGUGUAAAAGUUUUGUUUGGCACAAUUGUUCAACAGUUGUUGCACAAGAACCUGAUGACCCACAGCAAGUGUCAAAUGAUGUUGGCGAAAGGUUAACAGACACCAUCCGUGCUUCGUUUUCUUCUGCCGCGGCCAAUCUCGGUCUUGCUGGUGGAGGUUUGACAAGGAAUACACCAACUCCUGCUAGUACUAUUAGGACCACCAGCAACCACAGUACUCGUUCCGCCACCCAGCUGUGCGCGCUGGCGAUCCGAAACUUUUUGGCGAGCAAGGGCGGCAGACAGCAGACGCACCUGAAGAAGCGGCCUAUUGACUACAGAAAGGGGCGGAACUACUGGAAACAGGACGACCCGCUGGUGGAUUCGGCGACGGGUGAGAGGGUGAAGAAAUUGAAAAAACUAGUAGAAGCAGCUCCUGCCAAAGUACAACUAGAUCCUGCUGGCGGCGCUCUUUAUCCUGGUGUAGAAGUAGUACGGGGGCCGCGAGUUCCUUCGCCAGAACAAACCCUCGCAGCUUCAUCCGUCCGCAGCAUUGACCGCAAUGGGCAGAGUCGGCCUGAAUUAAGUCACUUCGUGGCCUCUUCUGACUGGAACCACUUGGCGCGCAACGAUCAGGAGAAGUACUCAAAGAACUACACGACCGGGUGCGGGCGUCGCCAUCUUCGUCAGGAGAGGUGGUCCACGAGUAGGAAACUUUUAUCGAGUGUUGCUGCAGGAAAGAAUACGAAUGCCUGCGAGAUGAAGAUAACCAACAGGGAUAAUUCUCGUAAUAUGUCAUUCGAUGACGGGAAUCCCAUUCCAGUACUGUCAAGAGAUGGGGAUCUUAACGAGGAACAACACGCGGCAGCUGUGCAAGGAAAUCGCGAUGAGAACAAGAAGUCUUCUACUACGUUCCCACCAUCUUCUGGCGGAUCAUUGCUUCACCAAGGGAUGAGCCAGAGCGAGAGCCUCGAGCAGUUAUUGGACCGUGUAGCAGCAUCGACCGCGUCGAAUAGCGCAGCGGCCACUGUCGUAACUCCGCUCACAAGAACCACAACCGCCACAGGCUCGUCGCCCGCUGCUGCUCAUAAGAACCAGAACGAAAUUCCGACCAGGCAAGAACUUCGGCUGGAUGAUUUGUUGGCCUCUUCAUCUACUUCCCAGGAGACCCGCGACCGAGUUGCAGGACGAGAAAGGGACCUGGAUGUUGCAGUAGAGCGACAGGAGAAAAAAUCGCAUCUGCAUACGACAGGCGAGAACCGCUACCGGCGGACCGGUGAUUAUUAUGACAGUAAGGGAGAUGUAGUUGAUGAACAAGAUGAACAAGACCAGCAGACUUCUUAUUUCGACGACCUCGACGCACAACUGAGCGCUUUUCUCAACAACGACCCUGACGGAGUUCAUGAUCUCUCUCGGGAGAAUGGCUCAACGCGAUCAUUGCGCACCACUACACCCUUUCGCCUCACCUCUGCCGUCCGCGAGCGUAUCCGAAAUGACAGAGAGCAUCACUUAACAUCCACCUCAAGUUGUCAUGCCUUUUUUGCAUGAGUUAGAGUUUGCGUUUGUUGACCUUGAGCAUUAUUUUACCUGUUCCACGAGACGUUCUUACAUUUUUCCUUUUUGAGGGCGAUGUAGUUGGUGCAGCACCAGAUUUUCCCUACCAUAGAGAGCACCCCGUAUCUGAGCACCCAAAUGCUCGACUACAUUCGCAAGACGGACAGUCACCCCGCGAUCCGCUACCGGAGCGGCCAGUAUAUUCUGCGUCGCGGUCCUAUCCACAGAAAAAAACCCAUCUCUAUCCAAUUUGUCACGCAAAACAUGCUUGAAGUCCUGCGUUUGUCAUGUAAAAAAUGGAUGGGGAAAGAUGGGUUUUUUUCUUUGGAUAGGUCCGGAGCCGCGGCGAGACGAGCGGAACCCGCUGCACUACUUGACCCGAGCGACUGGCCAGGACCACACCGCCAGCGAGGACGCGCUAAUGUGGGAUUUCGCGCAGCAGAAAUUUACCUAUCAGGUGGUCGAGGACACGGACCGCCAGCGGCGGCGGAAGAAGUACAAAAAGCGCCCCUACCCGGCGUACUUGAUGGGCGGCGAAGUGGAUCCGAAGUUGCACCCGCACCUGCUCGUGCGCCCCUUCUGCAACGGGGCCAUGACCACGUACUAUACCAAACUGAAGGGCCCGAAAAAGAACAACAUUCAGGCGAAGUGACGCAAUUAAUCAUAUUAACAUGAUGAUGUGCAGCGGACUUUUUUCAUUCUGAUCGCGAUACACUUUUUGAUGCAGUUGCGGCUGAAUUACAAUUUACUUUUACUAACUGUGCCAAUAAAAACAGGACUAGAAAGCAAAGCAGUCGUUUUCGCAAAAUAAUGAUGCUGGGUCUGAUAGUGUUCCAGAAAGUACUAGGUGG